ACGUACAUGUGUUUGAGAUUCGUGAUAUAUUUACGUUGUGCUUAUGUCACGUAACUGUUAUUCACAGAGAUAGCUAACGUUGGGCUUCCCCUCCGGACAUAGCAUGUCGUGUGAACUGUGCUAACGUGGCGCCUAUGGUUCACUGUACUAACUUCUGUGUUGAAGAUUCAUGAUAAGCUAACGUCGGGCCUACGUCAGGCGGACAUGUAUUUAAGAGGAACUUGAUGUUGUACCACAUAUGGGCUGAUGUCUUUCCAGUCAAAAUUAACGUGCCAUGUUUUUAUUUUAUGUUCUUAGGUGCAGACGAAAAUGACGAAAAUGUGGGGUCCAGGCCUGAGCAAGCUGUCGCAAGCCACGAGCCUCGUUCGGUGACUUCGGUGUAGUCCCGGUAGCGCGAAAUACAGAAGCACGAGGACGUGCUCUAGUCAGGAGAGGCCGUGUUAGAAGAUUAUGAAUAAAGUGAAGAUACCGAACCAUCGACAAGUAGAGCGGCGAAUGGAAGGUUGGGUGUGGAGCGACAUGUCAAACGCGUUUUGACAACUCGGGUUUUGGGGGGAAAAUGGACAGAGAAAAUUGGUGCUUGAAGGGGAUCGGUCGGGUUUUUUAUUUUUAAGUUAAUUGGCAUAAUUCUGUUUUUAGUUAGGCAUAUUUCUAAUCAGUAAUGUUUUCCUUCUUACCUCAUAUUAAUGUUCAGUAUAAUUGAUGAUUCUGUUUACGCAAUAUAAUAUAAUCGUUGUAACUUUUUGGUUGUUGCCGGUUUUAUUUUCCCAUCCUUUUUGGUUCCUAAAAUCAGAAGUGGGAUUCGAUAACUUUUCAUGGAAAUUAUUUCGCUUUCCAUUCCUGAAAUAGUAGGCAGUUUGACUUUUAAAUUUAUCGGGUAAUGGUUUUCUCUUCCCUUGCGUCACGUAAGUACUAGGUGGUAGGUGGUGUGAGAGAUGUAAUGGUAAGUCUAUACCUAUGAGUCCCCUGAUUAGGAAAGUUUGGUGAGUACGUUCCAAUCUUCAGUAACAACUGCUUCUAAUUUGUGUGAUCGUUAGUUAUUACUAAUCACGAAUUUAAACCAGUGUCUUGGGAUUGGGACAGUUUGCUGCUCAACUGAAACUAACGUCUUUUUCUUUUUAUUAUUAUUAUUCACAUUUGUCUGUGUCUUACUGUUAACGAUUGUAUAGACAAUGCCUAAGCAAAGUCGUAAAAGCAGGAGUCGCCGUAGGAAUCACAGCCCACGUUCACGAAAAAGGGCUGCGAGCUCAUGUGAUAGUCAUUCCAGUCUUAGGAGCCUAAAGUCACACACCAAGCGAAUUUCGAAUAGAUAUGAUUCUGAUAACUAUGUACUAAUUGAACAGAUGCAGCGAAUCACGGAACGUUUGGCGGCACUAGAAGAACAACGCCGCUCGUUGCCGUCACGGUUACGUGAGUCCAGCACUGACGUGCCUAUGCGGACUUCCUCACGGCCUCAAUCGAUGGCGGCGUCGGUAGCUGAGCGUCGGAGGUUGGUGGCAGAAGUUGGAGGUUCUGCUGCGUCUGCUGUGCUGUCGUCUCCGCCGACGCCGAGGUGUCCUGUGAGUGCCGUCACAGACCAUGAUGCCAGCGUGACUGAUCGGAUUGUCGAUGCAAUACGUUCAAUUAACACCACGCAAACCCAAGCGACUGGCAAGCUCGACUCGGGCAUGCGCGGGCCAUAUCGUGUGGUCAAGGCCCUCCCCCACGGCCGCUACGAGCUGCAACUACUGGCAGGCUCGUAUGGAAAGGUGACUCAGGCUGCGGCAGAGUUUAUGAUACCGUGGCGAGGGGAGUGGACUCCAGAAACGUGUGCCAUCUUCUUUGAAGGUAUGCUUACUAUUACUGUACUGUAUGAUAUGCUAACGUCGUGCCUAUGUCAUACUUAUUGUAUUUGA